GUCGAGGAACACUGCUGGACAGUCAAGGGCCAGUUUUAGCGUCAGAGCCACGCUCGACGGUAGAAUUUUCCAAUGACACAGGAGCAAUGUUGCAUUGUUCAGCUCAUGGGAGUCCAGUGCCAAGAGUAGAUUGGUUAAUGGGUGAUGGCUCGCCUGUACAUCCUAUUCCGAAUAUCCGAGAGAUACUGGCCAAUGGUUCGAUGUACUUUCUGCCAUUCGGCGCUGAAAGCUACCGUCAUGACGUUCACUCUGCCGUGUACAGGUGCCAAGCAUCCAACAGCGUGGGUCGUGUACUUGGGCGUGAAGUUAAUGUCAAAGCUGUGGUUCGUCAGAAGUACCAAGUUGGAGUCAAGGACUCGCAUGUACUCGCGGGAAAUACUGGAGUCUUAAGAUGUGACGUUCCAACACAAGCCAAAGAAUAUGUUUCUAUAACAUCUUGGGUACAAGAUUCAGCUUUUAAUAUUUAUCCGGCUCCUGAAAGCGAUGGAAAGUAUCACAUGCUACCAACCGGCGAGCUUCUAAUUUUCUCAGUGACCGCAGCCGACACCCACAACGGGUAUCGAUGUAGAACCGUCCAUCACGUAACUGGAGAAACCAUUGAAAGCUCCAAUCACGCUCGACUCAUUGUCACAGAACAUCGGAAUCCGGAGCCACCCCGCAUAAAUGAGCGCAUGAAUCCAUCCCCAGUGCGCGAAGGAGAAACAAUAGUACUGUCGUGUAUUUCUCAGGGUGGAAAUCCACCACCGAUGUACUCUUGGUAUCGAGAGUCAAUUGGUGGUACUGAUGCUAUAGUUAAUUCUGAGAGGACUCAUGCCAGAGGGGGCGUACUCAUAAUUCAAUCAGCAAGAGUUGAAGACGCAGGUCGUUAUGUAUGCCAUGUUAACAACACCGCCGGCUCUGAAAGAGUUGAGCUUGAAGUCUCGAUUAUUAACAGUAUUUCUAUUCAUCUAACUCCUCAACAAGUGACAAUUGACUUGGGUAAGGAUGGAAAAUUCCAAUGCGCUGUGACAGGGCAGCCAACCCCGAUAAUAACGUGGGCUAAAGAUGGACUUCCAGUGAGAGAAGGUACCGGGAGAAUAAAAAUUCUCGGUAACGGCGGCUCAAUUCUUCACAUAUCCUCUGUCACCAGAGAUGACAAAGGGAUGUACCAAUGUUUUGCUAAAAAUGACUAUGAAAUGACUCAGGCGACUGCUGAACUCAGAUUAGGAGAUGCAUCUCCAUCACUUGUAUAUAAAUUUAUUGAACAAACUAUUCAGCCUGGACCUAGUGUUUCUCUGAAAUGUAUUGCCACUGGGAACCCGACACCACAUUUCACGUGGACCCUAGAUGGAUUUCCUUUGCCCCAAAAUGACAGAUUCAUGAUUGGACAAUACGUGACAGUACACGGCGAUGUGAUAUCCCAUGUAAACAUAAGUACUGUUAGGGUCGAAGAUGGAGGGGAGUAUCGAUGCACGGCAGGCAACCGUGUUGCCAAAGUUCAUCACGCAGCCCGUCUGAAUAUCUAUGGCUUGCCACAUGUACGCCCGAUGGGAAGCUAUGCUGCGGUUGCAGGUGAAACGACAGUCAUCAAAUGUCCCGUUGCUGGAUUCCCAAUAGCGAGUAUUACGUGGGAAAAAGAUGGUCAAGUUUUGCCAACAAGUAGAAGACAAGAAGUAUCGUCAAACGGUACCCUAGUUCUGCACAAUGUAGACAGCAGUACAGAUCGCGGUUCGUAUACAUGUACUGCUAAAAAUAAACAGGGUCACUAUGAUUCCCAGACUGUACAAAUAGAAGUAAAAGUGCCUCCUCGGUGGGUAAUGGAGCCGCAGGAUGUUCACGCACCAGAGGGCAUGUCCAAACUGAUGCUUCAUUGUCAUGCCGAUGGGUUUCCUCCGCCUUCUGUCACAUGGCGUCGCGGUACAGGAACCAGACCUGGCAGUUAUCAUGACAUUGCUAGUCACGAACAUGCACAAGAGUUGAGAAUUCAUUCGAACGGAUCACUGGUCUUUGGCCGAGUUCAAGAGGAUCACGAGGGCUAUUAUCUCUGCGAAGCUGUUAAUGGAAUUGGUGCUGGCCUCAGCAAAGUCGUUUAUUUAACCGUUAAUGCGCCCGCCCGUAUUGUGGAGAAGCACCGCAAUCAAACAGCUCGACUGGGCUCAAGAGCUUCUCUGCGAUGUGAAGCCAAGGGUGAUCAUCCCCUGAACAUUGUGUGGAGGCGGGCUGGCUCACAACUGGAACCGGCGGUAUCCGAUUAUAGGUAUAUGGUCAAGGAAAUGAACACCACAGAUGGUGCUGUUAGUAUCCUCGAGCUCAUUAGUACAUCCAGGGAGGAUAGCGGGAGAUAUUUCUGCACAGCUUCCAAUGCUUACGGCGGCGAUGAAAUGACCAUGCAUCUCUAUAUACAAGAACCUCCGGAUUUCCCUCGGAAUAUCCACGUCCUAGAAAAGGGAAGUCGCCAUAUUAAAUUAGGGUGGACUAGCAGUCAGGAUGGGAAUAGUCCAAUUACUCAGUACAUUAUUGAAUAUAAAACAGAUUCAGAAAUUUGGCACGACCACACGUUCCACGCGACAGUUUCUGGAACGCAAACAUACGGACAUGUGAAUGGUUUGCGUCCUGCUACUAGCUAUCAGUUUCGGAUAUUUGCUGAGAACGAAUUGGGUCGUAGUCAAGCGAGCGAUAUCCUCGAAGUAACAACGGACGGUGAGAAGCCUGGAGGACCUCCUCGGAACCUCAAAGUCGAACCAAUUAGUUCGACAGACUUUAAAGUCAGUUGGGAUCCGCCCGAUCAAGACUUAUGGAACGGAGAAAUUCUCGGGUACCACGUUGGCUUCAAGGAACACAGGCUAUCUGCCGAACAGUACACUUACAAAACUGUAGAAGGACGGCCGAUAUCAGCGAGCGUAACUUUGGGACUAGCUCGAACUGCCAUUCCCGGUCGCCAAUGUCAAUUGACCAAUUUACGAAAAUUCACGCGCUAUAGCGUGAUUGUUCAAGCAUACAACGCGUUAGGCCCGGGACCAAUGACGUCUGAAGUGGUUGCGACAACCCUCGAAGACGUGCCAAGUAGUCCGCCUCAAGAUAUCCGGUGUACCGCACUAUCUGCCCAAUCUCUCCAAGUAUCUUGGGAAGCACCACCGGAUACAAGCUUGAACGGAGUCCUCCGCGGUUUCAAAGUUAACUGGGAGAGCAUGGACGCGCUUACUGAGACGACCAAGUACGACACCAAAAUAACCUCUGCCUUGACGAUUGUGUUGAACAAUUUGGAAAAAUAUACGAACUACUCAAUCCAAGUCGCGGCGAUGACCCGACCGGGUGACGGAAUACCCUCAGCUCCAAUUUACUGUAAAACGAAGGAAGACUUGCCGGAAGUACCUGCUGGAAUUAAAGUUGUCGCUAAUUCGAAUGAAUCGAUAAUAGUUUCGUGGUUGCCGCCUCUGAAAGCUAAUGGUGUUAUCACUACGUACUAUGUUUAUAUUAAGAGUGAAGACACUGAUGGAAAGUGGUAUAAACACAUCUCUAAGGCUCACAAGACUAGUUACAAAGCUGAAAAUCUACAGAAGAGGACGCAGUACUCGUUUCAUGUUGCUGCUGUUACUUCUGUUGGUGAAGGUCCUAAAACUUCGUCUGUUACUGCAUCUCCCUCUAGUCACGUACCUGCGGCAAUUUAUUCAUUCGGAAUGAGUCCAAUUGUUCCAUGGAAGCAAGACGUAACUUUGCCUUGCCAGAGUGUGGGAAAACCGUCACUUUUAUGGAAGCAAUGGGGCCAAGUAGUUAAAGCGUCCGGCAGAAUAACUAUUCGUACUGAUGGCUCGCUACAUAUUGCUGAUCUUCAUCGUGAGGACAGUGGUAAUUACACUUGUCACGUAGAAAAUCAACAUGGCUCUGAUCAAAUUACCCAUAAAUUAAUUGUCCAAGUGCCACCGUCAGCACCGCUGCUUCUCGCAACGAGUACAACGAGUAAUUCAAUAAGUGUCCAAUGGAAACCGGGUGACGACGGAGGUGCACUUACACGGGGCUACAUACUUCAUUACAAACGCAAAUUCGGGGAUUGGGAAGAGGUCAAAGUGUCACACAAAAUAAAUGGUUACUUAUUAUCGCAACUCUGGUGCGGUACCGAGUACCAAAUUUACCUCACUGCCUACAAUAGAAUAGGAAUGGGUUCGCCGAGUGAAUUCGUAAAAGCAACAACAAAAGGUUCCAAGCCAGCUAAUUCUCCUGGAAGUAUCGACAAAUUUAUCACUGUCAAUGUGUCCUGGAUUGUUUUGCAUCUGAGUAUGUGGAACGACGGCGGCUGCCCUAUUACGUGGUUCGAACUCGAGUACCGGAAGGACAAUGAAGAAUUGUGGACACUUGUAUCCAACAAUAUUGAAGUUCAAAAAUCUUAUACGCUCAGCGAACUUCAUCCAAGAACAGCUUACGAUAUCCGCGUAAGAGCUCACAAUAACGCUGGAUCUUCAGUGGCUGAAUACAAAAUAACGACACUUCAGCCUCAUAUCACUACAACACUGCCUACUGUGGAGAUAGAUCAAUUUAUUCCACAACAAUCUUCCGUACUAGCUGAUUUGAAGCUAAUAGUACCGUUAGUUUUAUGUUCCUUUGCUAUUAUUGCCACUGCUGGUGCUGUAUUUUACUGUUUUCGAAAACGUCCUUUGUUAGGCGACAUUGGCAGCCUUCACGAUGCUCAAACAGCUGCCGCGUUGGACAAUAAACAAAAUAUGGAGCAACGAGAGCAAUAUUACGCGACUGUACGAAAACCAUUGAGAUCACCAAUCCAUGAGAUGGGAACUCUUGAGCGUAUUCCUGAAUACUCGGAAGAUAUCUACCCGUACGCGACAUUCCAAUUGAAGGAAAGUGUACCAGCUGGUGGAGAUAGUCGUUGUGAUUCAGCAGCUCCACUUCAAACUUUUGUUUAUCACGAUCCGCGGCUUUCUACUGCCGACACUCUACAAUUACGCGAGUCGGAUUGCAACCGGUACACUAAAGUGCGCGGAGGCCGUUCGUCCUCUGCGCCGUUGCAUAAAACGCACAAGGUCAAUCAGGGCAAGUCCGAGUCGGAGGAAUACGACACCCUGGGCUCGGACAGCGACACUGAAGUCGGGACCAGCAGCCGAACUGAGUCUUCCAAUCACCUCGUCGAUUCGCACCACUCGGCUUUUGCAACCGACGCGCGUGUUCACAACUUCUUGUACCAUGGACCAGAAUCUAGCACGUCUACGGAACCCUCACCGAUUUUUGAGAGAAAAUCGUUUCCUGGAAGGGGACGACCCAAGAUGUUACAGUUGGCGCGUUAUACCGGCGAGGAGACCCGUACAAGUUUCGGGACAAUCCCCAGGCCUGGCAAUCCCAAGCACCAGCCGGGUAAUAGGACCCGGGAGCAGGAGCGUGGUGAUGCAGGAUCAGGAACCCUGUUCAUCGCCAAACUGGACCCACCCUCGGGGUUCUCCGACGCGCUCGAGCUAAGUGAAGCCGAGUGCGACCUCGAUCGUGGACACGGUGGCCAACGAAAUCGACGAGACUUCGUUAUUGCGGUGUAAAUAAUUGUGCAAAUGCUAUUUCAUAUUUAUUAUUAUUAUUAAUAUAAAUACAAAUAAAAAUAUAUUGAAGCUGAUUGAUGGGAUAAAAAAAUAAAGAGAAAGUAAAGGAAGAAAUAAACAAAUUGGAUUAUACGAAUUGAUUGAAUAAACAUUAAAAGAAUAUCAACUUCUCUUAUAAAUGGUUUAUCUGUCCCUCCGUUACAUGACUUUGAUAAUUAUUAUGUAAUUUAUGUCCUGAUCACAUAAAAUGUUAAAUAAAAAAAAUUGUUUACUCACACGCUCACGUUUUAAACUAACGAAUUGACUUAAACGAAAAACUAAAUGUUAAUCUCAUUAUAAUUAGUAAAAAAAAACAAAUUACCGAGGAACGAAAUUUAUGUAAUGUUGAUAAAAUCUAAAAGUGAAGUUAUUGAAAAAUGAAAAACGAUUUUCGUUUUGAGUUACACGGCAC